CGAUCGUCGAUCAUCGAUCUAUCAACGCGUUACGUCGUCGUCCUGCUAUUUACUCGGAAGCCUCGAAGAUACUGUGAUCCGUGACCGUUGAACGCGCGCGUAUUCAAAUACUCCCGAGUGCCAAAACGAAAUGAAACAGUCGGUUCUUCGUGAAAUCGUUACUGCACGCGGACCGAUACGAUGACAGGAAGAUUGGGAGUGCGAGGAGAAUGGAGUGUUUUGCCGAUCGGACAACGAUGAACGAAAGAAUCCAAUGGCCACGGAAAUGGGAAAGAGGCGAGGCGAAAGGAAGAAGGAAAAAGGAGAAGAGAAAUGUCGAAUUAUCAUCGAACGCUACGAUCGCGGUAACACGAUUUUGACGUUCUUUUCGUUGGUAUACAAAGGAUAGUUCCUGACAACCUCGAUACCUCGAGGGUAUCGUACGCAUCGUCGUAUCGAUCGUUCGAGACAUGCUCGAUCAUGCACACGUUACACAGGAGCGGUGGCCUGUCACGUUAGAACUUGAAACGCUACGCGUUUACAGUAUUAUAUAUUGAGAGUUAUUUUAUCGAUGUUACAACACUGUUUCCGGUGAAACUGAAAAAUUGCCGUUUUGCGUAACUCAGGCCAAUCUUAUAUUCCGUUACAUUCUACCGUUUUAGAAUUACACUCGAGCUUUCUUUAUUCUCGAAUUUCUUUUCUCUUGCCGCUAAAUCGUCAGGGCCGAAACUUGUUAAUGAAAAACAUAUUACGUUCUAUGUAAACUGUGCCUAACGACGCGUAUCGAUAGAAUUGACAAACUGUCUUCUCUGCGAACAAGGUAGGGAACAAGGGGAUGAAGAACCGCAUUUUUCGGCGAAAAACGAAUGUUCUAGAGCGAGACGUUCGAUCGAGCGCGCAUUGUGCAGAACAUCUACUACGUCGUGAGUCUUUCUUUUCGCAACGUUCACUUUUCAAAUUGUUUUAUAUGUGAAGAGCACUUAAGAAGACAAGCGGUCUCUUUGUACAUAAUCGAUCAAACUAUUCGAGUAAUCUGUAAAGGAAUACGUAGACUUUUACUCGUAACAAAAGCAUCUUUACACACUUGUCAUUCGUUAAAGGUUGAUGGAAAUUCAACCAUUUCGAAAUAUUACGCGAGUGUAUCAACACGUCCGCGCCCAACCAUUUAUCCUUUCAAAUAUUUUUACAACACCUUACUUUUUUAUCUAUAUCGUAAGUUUAAAAACUAUGCAACAUUGUAGGCAUCAGCCAAAUUAAUUAAUUAACGCGUUAUUAUUACUAUUACUAUUAUUAUUAUUAUUAUUAUUAUUAUUAUUAUUAUUAUUAUUAUUAUUAUUAUUAUUAUCAUUAUUAUUGUUAUUAUACAUAUUUUUAUUUUUAUUUUUAUCAAUAAUGUACCAAUAAUAUUACGACACAAUGUUAAACGUGUCGGAACAAGAUAGAGAAAGAGGAGCUACUAAUUAUCGUAACUUAAGGAUUAUUAUUGAUCGAAUUCACUCGUAUAUAUCUCGCGCGAGUAACGAUGCAAGUAAGUACUUUGCUCCGAAGCGAUUCCGAUAUACCUAGCAAAUAUGCACGCGCGCACGACAUCGUCGAUAACGAGAUCUGUUAUUUCUACGAAGGAUACUAUGUAAGAUUAUAUUUAAGUAUUGUAAUUGGCUAUAUACUAUUACGCUAUUUAACCUUUUAUUCGCAGAUGUAUUCGCGGUUGAAUGAACUUAAAUUAGGAAUUAUUGUAAAUGUAGAGGCGUCUAGAGAGACUUGGUGUAUAUACAUAAUAUAAUAUACGAAGGUACUAAAUUAACCAAAUAAAUGAAGCCUCAUACACUAUGAAUGCAAAUAAGAAAUUUAAAAAACGGCGAAAAAGGGGAAGGAAAAAAAGAGAAAGAAAUAGCGGAGCUGAAAGAGGAAGAGGAGGAGGCAAGGGAAAGAGAAGAAAAGACAAGAAGAAUAGUGCAAACAAAGCAAGGAGAACAAAAGAGAGAAAGUUCGAGACUCGAGUAAUCGCGCGAUCCUUUUAUAUUUGCCUAAGAUUGAUCGUCUACAUUACACAGCAGGCAAUGACUAAUUUAUUUAAAUAAAUACAAAACUCGAAUGAUUUUUUCACGUUUCUAACACGCGUUAAAAAAAAAACCACACGAACGUGCCUCCAAACGUCGAGCAAAAUCUUCGUUUUCGAUUCGAUGAAAACUCUUCAUUGUUCAGCGCAUGUUUCUCCGGUGCAUGGUUCUUUCGAGUCGCCGGAAACGACCGAUAACGACCAAGUAUUAUUAUCAACGAUCUGUGACAAUGUCGUUCUCGCGUUCGUAGAACGAAUUCGCGAAAACUCAGUUUUCGAUCUACGAUUAACUACUGUGCGUAUAGCGUUUAAGUGUAACUUCAUCAAUAUCUUUUCCUUUUAUGACCCAAAUAAGUUGCAAGCAAAUCGUCUUUCGACUAGUCUUCGAUGAAGCUUCGUAUUUUGAAAUAUUAUUCAUAUCGAGAGGCUCGAUACGAAUAAUUAUGCUAUGUCGGACACGAUUUUCGACGAAUGAUAUGUAAUACAGCGAACGGAAGAUCCUUGCGACACAAGUCGAAUCGCUGUCCGAAUUACCGAUCCGUAAACUCUCCCUUUGUCGAUUCCUUUACGUAUAAAAAAGAAAAGAAAACAAGAGAAAAGAAAUGGACGUGAAAACAAAAGGAACAGAUAAAAAGGGAGAAAGAAGAAGUUUGAAGCAAUGGCAGACACGGAGAAGUAGAGAAGGAAGUAGUAAACGAAAAAAGGGAAAAAAAAGAAUGUAGAAUCUGUUCGCAAUGAUCACGCGUGUCAAUGAAACAGCACUGUGUAUAAUUCCAGAUGCAAUCGUCGUUGUGCAAAAAAGACACGAUACUGUAGAAAACUGUAUCUUUACCAUAGCAAUUAUGAAUUAAUGUUACAAAAUAAGAUCCUUCGGUAGCGUUAAUGAUAUAUCCCUGUAAGAUGCAAGUAGGCGCGAAAACGGUAUUCCACUGUAACGAAAUAAAUACACAUUCGUUCGUGCGUUCGUUCGUGCGUUCGUUCGUGCGUUUGUGCGUUCGUUCGUGCGUUCGUUCGCUCGUUCGUUCGUUCAUGCGUUCGUUCGUUCAUGCGUUCGUUCGUGCGUUCGUGCGUGCGUUCGUGCGAUCGUGCGAUCGUUCGUUCGUUCGUUCGUCCGUGCGUUCGUUCGUUCGUGCGUUCGUUCGUUCGUGCGUUCGUUCGUUCGUUCGUUCGCUCGCUCGCUCGCCGCUCGCCAUUCGCUUGCUUCGUCAAAUAAAUAUGUAAAUUGAUGAUCGAUGCUUAAAAAGAAGAACUCGAGUUUAAGAGGAAUACUAGUGGACAAAUAAAUCGUAAGAUGGAAAAGCUGAACGGAUGACACACCAGCGCAGCGAUUCGAAACGGCGAGCGCAUGGUUCGCUCGUGUCGCGCGUUUACCCUCAUCGCGCCGCACCGCGAAACAAAAAGCUUUUGUGAUUUUUCUAUUAUGUAAGUAGUAAAACGAUAGAGGGAGAAACGAAUACCGAAUCUGAUCCGGUCCGAUCCGGUUCGAUUCGAUUUGAUUUGGUUUGAUUCGAUACGGUUCGGUUCGGUUCGUCAUCCAUCCAGUGACAUCACUUCGCCCUGCACGCACACAUAUAUACACACACCUACACAACACACGGACAAACAUAUGCGACAUACACGUAACAAUUUGUAGAUAGGUACGUACAUACAGCUUUGCUAAGUGUUUUCUGGUGAUCGGUAUUUAGCCAACAAAAUGUAGCAGAAACAUUUAUAAUAAAAUGGUAACACACAUUGUUUCCCAAUUCCUUUCAAAAUUGUACACGCGCAACAGGGUAAAUGUUCUAUCCUUUUAAACAAUUUUUUAACAUGCCAUAAUGUUCUGUGAUACGAUCGCUCGAACAAGAAUGCUAAAAAAUGCAAAAUGGAAAACAAAUUCAAGACAAAAUUGAAAAACACGUCAAUAUAUAUUUCUUUAUUUUUAUUUAUAAAUCCGCGUUUUCAUUACGAAUAUCCAAAACCUCGACUUUCUACAAAAAUAUGUAAAACACUUGUUUCCUGUUCACUGAUGUAAAAGGAGAAAUGUUAAACAAUAUAUGACUCGAGGCAAAACAGAACAUUUCAUUUCUCAGAGAAUAAUAUCUAUUUCUCACAAACAUUUCUCAGAAUCGUCAUGGAAUCCUAGUACCGUAACGUAUCCUGUAAUGCUCUCCGACAAUACUUGCACGAUAUUUCUGGUUUUUCUUCUAGCUUUAUCUAUUCGUGUGUUAAGAUAGAUAGAUAGAUACGAAUAGACAAUUCCAUGCGAUUUUUACUUUAAUGCAUUAAUUACAUUAGUCUUUUACUUUUAAUUACAUUAAUCUUCAAAUAGAAUAACAUCUUUCGUCGAGCUAUUCGAAUCUAAUUUCAUAAAUAAUUAAAUUAGAGCUUUUUCUUGUCGCUAUUUUGUCGCCACUUGCCUGUCUGUUCCGUGGCUGAAUGAAACAUAAACACUAGCAACAAUUUUUUAAGUGAACGCACAAUGACGGCACGCGCUUGCGGUUUCGUUGUAUUUCGACGUGUUCAAGGAAUAAUCGAAUAUCUUUUAAUGCAAGUAUCUUACGGCACGCAUCAUUGGACCCCACCGAAAGGUCAUGUCGAUCCUGGUGAAUCAGACAUGGAAGCCGCGCUACGUGAAACAGAAGAAGAAGCGGGCUUAUUGGUUAAUGAUUUAAAUAUUUUCGAAAACGUGAAGGAAGAACAAAAUUACGAAGCAAAUGGGAAACCGAAAAUUGUCAUUUAUUGGUUAGCAGAAUUAUUAGAUCCUGAGAAACCAAUUCGAUUGUCACACGAACAUCAAGCAUUUAAAUGGCUUCCACUGGAAGAAGCUUGUUCCAUAGCAAAGUAUAAAGAAAUGCAAAAUACAUUGAGAAAUUUUAACGAUUAUAUAUUAAAAAAUCUCUCUUAAAUAGUAAUAUAGAGUUUCUACAAAUCCUGAUGCUAUUGUUAAAAUUGUUAUCUUUUCUUUCAAAAUGAUAUAUAUACGUAUAAGAUCUUCCCCAUAAUCUCAUUUGUAAGUUAAUGGUAGUCAUGGUGUUCGCAAAUUUUUUUUUAUACAUUUCCUUAUAUAUAUAAUCCAAUCAAAGAUAGUGUAUUGAAAUUUGUUUCUAUCGUUUCAUUGUCGAUUCCCAAGGAAUUGUUAACAUUUGGCUUAAACAUAGUUUUAAUUUAAUCAUUUGUUCGAGUAAUCGAAUUCGAUUUUUCGUGAGACUUCACGCUUUAAUGUUGGUACGUAUCACAUCUAUAUACUUACUUACUUACUUAUCUUAUAUAUCAACUGGUAUCAACUUAUCAACGCAUCGUCUCGCUUGACGUUCUUUUUAUUUUUAACUCUUAGUACAUAACCUCAUUAUUUCGAUUGGAGCAUCUCGUGAAUAAUAACAAAUAUGAUUAAUCCACUUCAAAGGUUAUUUUCUUUCUUAAAGUAUUGGUACUUUAGAUACAUGCUUGUUACGGAGUUAUACAUGGUUGAAGAAUGGGAAAGAAACUUCAUUAAUAUAUUUUUGAUCAUAUUGUUCUUUUCCUUUUUCUGGUUUAAUUGUAAAAUAAUGCUGCCUGUUAUACAAUACGCAUUACACUCAAAAGAAAUAUUGUCUUAAUUCACUGUGUUUACUGUAACACAAUUAUACUAUGUUGUGUUUUGACUAAAGCAAAAAGAAAUUAUAACUUAUACUAAUAUUGCAUGUUAAACCAAUAGUAAAUUUCUACAUUCAAAGUUAUGUAUUAAUCUGUUACGUUAUUUUAAUAAAUUAAAUUAAUCUAA